GCGUCGCGAACAGCUUCACCCACAGGGGCAAUUGCGGAUUCCACGUCCACCACUUGCCGUGGAAAUGGAAGAAAGUUUGCGGUAACCACUUCUAGUACGAAAACUUCUUUUGGUUCUACUUCAGUCAGCGAAGCAGAAGGUGGUGACGUAACAGCGCUGACGCCUGAGGAAAGUGAGAAACUGGAAGCAGCACGGCAGAAAGAGAUCGAAGAGACGCGGAUAGAGAAAGAGAAGCUGGAUCAUCUCACUGUGCGGCCACUCUAUGUCCGAUGCACCAUGAGUCGGUCGAAGCCGGACCUCAAUGGCACAGAGCUCGACUGGGUCGAUGAUAAGUGUCGACCGGCCAUGCAGCUAACGGAACAAGCCGAAGACGGGAGUCCGGCGCCUUGGUGGUUCAAUGCAACAGCGCUUCCGCGAGCUUUCAUCGAAAAGAUGUACGAUGCGGGGCAGGUAGGAGCUCACGCUGAAGCCGCGUCUUCUACGGGAAACGGAAGCGGGAGCAAAGGAGGGGAGAUCCGUUGGACCGAUGCACAAUUAGACCUGCUGAAGAAAUACGAUCCAUCGCAAUACACGAAACGCGGAAUGCUAAAGGAAGUAGCAGUGAAAGAGGAAGAAGGACCAGAAAACACAGAUGCUGCCACUGAAGCCAAUGCUGCCGGAGAAGGGGAAGGCGAUGAUACGAAAGAUGAAGAUGGAAAUGCUGGCGCGAAAGAAGAAGAUGCGCCUGCGGAAUCGAAGAAGGGAAAAACUGUGGAAAAAACCGCGUACAUAGAGAAGGAAGGCAAGACGAAGAAAGCUGGUGAGUCUUCCGAACGUGAGAAAGAGGAAGAUGAAGACGAAUUUGCUGACCUCGAAAAGAAAAUUAAGAGCAUGAAAGUACCGGACGAAGACACGCAAUGGGAGUCCUUUCCUGGCUACGAGGCAGAGGCCUUGCACAAGCUGGCAACAGCGCUCAAAAAGCAGCAGAGGGCUUGCAAAAAUCAUUAUCUCUCAUCUGGAAAGCAGAUUGGGUCAGUGGUCGAAAUACACUCGGC